AUGCUGUCCGAAAAGGAUACGACCCGCGCCCAGUGUGCCACGUACAAAGCUCCGUUGUGCCACCCUGGCGUCUGCGAGACGCCCGAUGCGGCCAAUUCGACCAUCGACGUGUUCGUGAAGCGGCUACCGGCUACGGAUGAGAACAAGGCGCCGAGCGUCUGGGUUCUCCAGAGUGGUGCUAGCUACUCACCAGACUUUUCCUGUUCUGCGGUGACGGGCGGCGUGGUCGAAGAGUCACAAAUCCCUGCGUGCGCCAAGGAGCUGGAAGAGAAGUACGGGGACAUCGCUGCCUUCUCCACUACGAGCGCAGCAAAAGACGUGGGUUCAAAGUGGGUGGAACGGGUCAUGCAGCUAGACCCACCUGAGGUGGCGGGGCUUGCAGCGCCCGCUAAAGGGAAGGAAGGCCUCCAGUCCGCGAUCCAGCAGUUGUACACCAAAUUCGACAAGGAUCCGAGCACGACCUGCGCCAAGCUGCUUACAACUACGGACACCGCGGCAUCGUCCAUAGUGCGGUCCAUUCUGGGGCUGACGAUAAAGGAGUCGGCAAUUCGAUCGUUCAUCGCGCCGAUCGUGCACCGACUCCAGCGCUGCGCGGCCAAGGACGUCGACGUGCUGAGCCACUUCAUCACUCGCUAUGGUUCAGAUAUCCUUCCCGCGGACGAGGCGCGUGAGGAGCGAACGAGGAGUGUGAGGAGCCUCGCGAUGAGUGGUGCAAAAAUGCACGAGACUGUCCCGGCGUAUUGCGCCUUCUCCAAGGAGAAAUCGCCCUCGUGUGAUAAGCUCAAACUUGGUGACUACGAAGGUAACGGGAUCGUUUACGAGCGUGACGAGUACUCGACCAAGCCCGCCACGAUCCCGGGCCAAGCCAGUGUGCUGAUUAUGAGCAGCGAGAUGGACCCGGUGGCGCCUCACAAGAACGCGGAGGCCUUGCUGGCUGCACUGCGCGGGGACAAGAAGGAGCUGGUCACGUUCGGCUCCACUACCCAGAUCAGUCUUGUGGACCCCUCGACGGCUCAAGACCUCUGCGGGAUGGCAGUUCUCUCGUCGUUCGUGCAGAACAAUGGCGACCUGACCAAGCUCAACAAGACGUGUGUUGCUGACGAGGAGAUGGCGUUGCUCACCCCCGAUACUGAGUACACGCACACCUACCUGACUACGACGAGGGUUUGA